GGCUUUCAACUCCCCGAGUCUGUCGACCAUGGCGCCCAACCUUAAAAUGAUGGGCGUGACGCUCACUCUGGCGAUCACCACGCGCUCCGUGCUGGACACCGAAAACUCCUUUCAAACGACCAUUGUGCAGGGCAUCUACGGUCUCUCGCAGCUCUUCUGCUAUGGCGUGCUGCUGUAUCUGUACAUCAAGGCUAAGAACAACACGGAGCCCGGCGUAAUUACCGUGAAGGAGGAUUUGGGUUUCGGUCAGACGGGAGACCGCGAUGAGAAGAUCACGGUCGCUGAGCACGACCAGCGCGUGGUCAUGAAGGAGAUUCAACGCUACGCUCUCGGCACGAUCGUGACGGUGCUAGUGCACUGGAAGUGGGGCUUCUUCCCACCGCUCGUGAUCCAGACCAUCACGCAGCCUUUUAACCUGUUCCAGGCGCCUGUCGUUAAGGUGACGCUGCUGGGCGAGCGCGCAUGGGGAGAGCUACGUCGCCCUUGGACGGACCGCAACGAUAUGAGCAAGUCCAUCAACUCUUGGAACGACACGAUCAUGUCAGCGCUGGGUGAGGCUCCGGUUAAAGUGAACAAGAAGGCCAGCAAGAAGGCUGCCAAGCGCAAAAACAAGUAGAGCACAACAGAGACGAGAUAAAAUGAGACGGUCUGGUUUACCGAUGCCUUGACGUCGCUGUAGAUACGAAAUCGGACUCAUCGCGAGGACGGAGCUGUUCGUACGGCACCUUCUUGGCUACUCGACCAGUGCGCAAUAGCAGAUCGAACCGGUUCAAUGGAUGCACAUGCACAAUCUUGGCCUUAUACGUCAGUUCUUCCUCGUCGGAAUUGUUGCUGUAGGCAUCAGGCACCCAUAAAAUCUUAUCUCCUUUGGAGUAUUGAUAAUAUGGCUGCUCUUCCGGCUCAUCGAGCAGCUCCAUCUUGGACGCUAUGACAGCAUCAAACAAACUGCCAUUAUCUGCGCGAA